UCGCAGCCCUCUCUUCACUUGUCUCAAUAUUUCUUUCAUUUUCACCAAACCCAACACAAACUUAAGCCAACUCCUCUCACGUCCUCCCUAAGGUCCAAAUUCACGAUAUUUGAUAGCAGUGGUUGUUUUCUUGUCCCCGGUUCUGAUUCUGCUGCUAUUUAUAUAUCAGAUUACAAGAAACAUAAUCUUCAAGUUUCGUGAGUGAAGAAAAGAAGACCAAUCUUUACAAUAGUGAAAAAGAGAAGAAAUUUUCCAUAAAGAUUUUGGUCGUUUUGGUUGCUGAAGUGUGCUUUUAUUAUAGCACAGGAGGAGAAGAUAAAUACUUGGUAAAAUCCAAAAUUUUAACUAUUCUUUGUCCUUAUUUUCGCUGUUCAAGUCCGUUUUCUCAGAAAAACAGAAGGUCCAGAGCUGAAAAUAUUAUGAAAAAAAGCUGAAAAGAAACAAACCCAUCUCUCUUUCCAUAUCACUGCCCGUUGUAAAUGGCUGUUUAUAGUCUGAUAAUCUUGAGCUUGCUAACUUGCGCCGGUGUUCUCCCUCUUGGUUCAUCAGAUCCAAGCGACGAAGCCUGUCUAACCCAUCUAAGCGAAUCCUUAAAAGACCCUUAUAAGAACCUUCGGAACUGGACCGUAUCGAUCUUCUCAAAUCCCUGCAACGGUUUCACUUCUUAUCUCCCAGGUGCCACCUGCAACAAUGGCCGCAUCUAUAAACUCUCUCUCACCAACCUCUCUCUUCAAGGCUCAAUCUCUCCUUACCUUUCCAAUUGCACGAACCUUCAAUCUCUGGACCUCUCUUCUAACGCUCUCACGGGUUCCAUCCCGGCAGAUUUACAGGCCUUGGUCAAUCUUGCUGUACUUAAUCUAUCAGCCAAUCGUUUAGAAGGAGAGAUCCCUCCUCAGCUCACAUUAUGUGCAUACUUAAACGUUAUUGAUCUUCAUGACAACUUGCUUACGGGUCAAAUUCCUGAGGAACUUGGAAAUCUUCUUCGUUUGUCAUCUUUUGACGUCUCCAACAAUCGAUUAUCAGGGCCAAUACCGCCUAUGCUAGGGAACAGAAGUGGGAACGGUCCUAGGUUUAAUGCCAGCUCGUUUGAAGGAAACAAGAAUCUUUAUGGAUACCCUUUACCUCCAUUAAAAAGUAAAGGCUUGUCGAUUUUGGCCAUCGUUGGGAUCGGUUUAGGAACUGGGUUUGCAAGUUUGGUGCUUAGUUUCACCGGAGUCUGCAUUUGGUUGAAGAUUACUGAACAAAAGAUGGUUCUUGAGGAAGGCAAGAUUAGUCAGCUUAUGCCUGAUUAUUGAAGUUUUCUUAUAUCUUGAUAAUUUAUUUCAAGUAUGUCAGGAAUCUCCAUGUGACUCAAGAUUAUUGAGCUCAAAGCUACAAAAUUUGAGUUUCUCUAAGUACUGGUGGGGACUUUGAUAUUAUGGGUACUGGUGCAUUGAUUAAAAAAAUGCGCUUUUACCUUCACGGAGUUGUAGUGCUCUGUUAAUGUGAGCUGGUGGGAGACCAACACCACCACAUGCUUUUGCAAAUUGUCCAUUUCUAAUAAAAUCUUUAUUUAAGUUUAUAGUUCCCUCUCUGGCUCUGCUCAACCCAACAUUCUGGUCAGUUUUUGCCGCCCAUCUCCUCCUCUGGGGUUUUCCUUUACAAGUUUCAGAAAGAUCAAAUUACUAAACAUAUAUAUGUGUAUGUGUAAUUGUGUAUGUACAUACAUGGGUUGAAUAAAGAGAAGGGAAAGGGAGUAAUUAUGUAAACAGUAAACAUUGAUGAAGAAGUGAGGUCCGUAGGUUCGAUAGUCUGGUGGGAUAUAUGUUCUAGGCAAUAGGCUUUUUUCUUUGCAUAUUUUUUCUACAUAAUUGAACAGUGUACGUUUCUAU